AAGAAGAAGAAGAUGACAUACCGGCGACAGGAGAUGGAGGUGGAGCAACGAGAAGCGCAAUCUCUUUACCGGAAGCCGAUCAAGCCGUGGUUCGUAUCGAUUCGUCCUGUCAUCAGUUACAUGCUACGGGAACAGAGACUCCUCUUCGUUCUCGUCGGCAUCGCGAUCGCCACAUUAGCCUUCACGAUUCUCUCUCCAUCCUCCAACCAACCGAUUCCCGGAUACGGAACGAGAUCCUCGAUUCAGAGUGUUCGGAGUUGCUACGACGAAGGGAAGCGUACGGCGGAGACGUUGGUCAUGGACUACCACAGAGGCGCCAAUGUUGAGGUUAGGAUAGCUCGGAUCUUCAACACUUAUGGGCCAAGGAUGUGUAUUGAUGACGGUCGUGUUGUUAGCAACUUUGUUGCCCAGGCAUUAAGAAAAGAGCCAUUGACUGUUUAUGGUGAUGGCAAGCAGACAAGGAGUUUCCAGUUUGUCUCUGAUCUGGUGGAGGGUCUGAUGAGGUUGAUGGAAGGAAGAUACAGGAAAUGAGAAGACAUCUCACAUUGAAGACUCUCUUCAUCAAAGAUGUCAAACCAUCUCUUCAGGUUCAGAGGUAAGCUGUCCAUCCUUUAAUGCGUGUUAGACAUGGUUUAGGUUAGAAUUAAAUGGACUUUAGGAUCAUGUAGUUGAUGGCAAUUGUUUAGGUAGAUACAUUGACUUUCUUGAUUUUUUAGUUUUAAGUACAUUUAUGACCAUUUAUACUUAACACCUACUAAACUCUCAUUAAGUUUGCUUUAAAAACGACCAAGUAUCCCUUUCUCAUUUCAUAUCUCUUCUCCUUUCAAAUUGCAUUUCAUAAAACAGAACAAGCUCUCAUUCCCCAUUUUUAAUUCAUUCCCCUUCGCUAUGGAUCCAUUUACGUCACCUUGUAGCUUUCAAAACCUUUUAAACAGUCAACAACCAUACCCCUCUGUCUCUGAUGCGUCUGCCUAUGGUACUGGAUGGCCUGAAGAGGAAAAUGAAGAAGCAGACAUCGUGAGUGACCGUAAAGAAAGGCGGAAAUGGUCACCAACUGAGGACAAGGUGCUCAUCAGUGCUUGGUUGAAUACAUCUAAAGACCCUAUCGUAAGCAAUGACCAGAAAGCAAUGGCUUUUUGGAAAAGAAUUGCUA